AUUUUAUGACUUAAACAGGAAAUUAUAAACUUUACAAGCAGCGUAAAAGUUUGCGACAGUAAUGUUUUCAAACUUUGUCUUGGCACAAUGAUACCAAGGAGGAUUUAUAUAUUAUUCCUGGUAGUUGUCGUACUACUAACUGUAUUCAUGUACAAUAUAUCACUAAAAACAAAUACAGAUGAUCCAAAAGCAGGGAGCUUUCGACAAAUCCUUCAAAUUUACCACAGCUCUCAAGAAACAGAAGGAACAGUACCGAAGUACCACCCACAAUAUAUCUCUCCUAACAGCAACAAAACAGGAAACCUGGCGGACAUUUAUUUGAAUAGCAAACAAAAAAGACCUCCUGGGUUGAAUGCAACUUGCGCCAAAUUUCCCGAUUUCUUUGAUUUGCAAUUCAGAAACAACUACUGGCAGUUGCAGAAGACCACCAAUGGUACUUUCCACUUGUUCAACGCGUACCUAGACCAAAGAAACGGUAGUGUCAUAAGAAUAGUCGGCACAUACGACGUUCACAAAACAGAGGAAACUUUCUACUGCCAAUUUUGGUACGACAAAAUCCCUAGACCCAAGAUAGUAGCAAGCGAAGUUCCUUUCUGGAUGUUUCGCUUAAAAUGGGGCGCCGACACUGCUUAUUUUAAUCAUCCAUACUUGAUAACGUGUCCUGUGGUUCGUGAUAGUGGUCAGUAUCCGAUUUCGGUGUCUUUGGUAGAUAAACCAUGUACUACCGCUUCCAAUAAUUUGAAGAUUUUUUACAAACACGUUGAAGAGAAGAAGAAUUUUGUUGUUUGUGUGAAGGGUUUGUCUUUUCCUUUUGAAGAUAGAGGUGAUCGCUUAACGGAAUGGAUUGAACUGGUCAAUCUACUAGGCGCCGAGAAGAUCAAUUUUUAUGAAUUCAGUGUCCAUCCAAAUACUCAAAGAAUUCUAGACUAUUACGUUAACAAUGGAUUGGUUGAAGUAACCCCGAUAAGUCUAGUCGGAGAUUUCUCCAACCUACCUCUUCUACAAAAGGAGUUUCUUAAGAAGAAAAUUAUCCAAAGACGCCUCCAGGAAGUUAUCCCUUUCAACGACUGUCUCUACAAACACAUUCACGAGUUUAAAUAUGUUGUUCUUCUGGAUAGUGAUGAAGUAAUAGUGCCGGUAGAAAACACAUGGGUCGAACUCAUUGAAACCCUACAGGAAAAGUAUCCUAACGUAUAUUCGUAUAUGGCACGUAAUAUCUAUUUCUUUGACACAUAUUUACACCAACACGAUUGGUUUAGCGAUAUUCCCAAACACAUGCACAUGUUGCAACAUGUUUAUAGGUCACACAAUUAUACCAAACCCGGGUAUUUCGUGAAAGGAUUUCAUGAUACCAAAAAUGUUGUAGCUUUGCAUAAUCAUUUUCCGUUUAAAUGUCUUAAAGGUUGCACAAAUAAAGAAAUAGAUUUAGACUUGGCUCACCUGCAACAUUAUCGUGCAGAUUGUGCUUCUGGUGUUGGUGAUUGUAAGUCGAUGAAAGAAGAUAGUGCUAUGGAUAUCAGAGUUUGGAAUUUUAAAGAUGAGUUGAUAAGGAGGGUUGAGAGGACAUUUAGAGAGGUGGAUCUGGAUUAUUCCAACUUUGAUUAUAGAUGAUUAGUGAAGAAAUUAGUAUUACUAGCAUUUUAUACUGGUAUAAAUGUUUCCUAGUGGUCGCGCUGUGAUUAUUUUUGUGCUGACAAUGACAAAUUGUUAUUUAAUGGGAGUAGGUAUUUGUUGAAAAUAGUAUUAUUUUUAUAUACGUAUAUCAAAUGUACUUCGUCAGAGAAAAGUACGUACCACUUGUACAAAAUACAUAUUGUUAUUUAUUAAUUUAUGUUUUGUAACUUCACAUUAUGUGUUCCUACUUAUAAGUUUGUUACAAAUUAUUAUUAAAAGAAUUUCUUCUGAGCAUUAA